CGGAGAGAGGGAAAAGUAGAAGAAAGAAGGAGAAGGAACGAGAGGAGGGAGGGGAGUGGUGGAAAAAGCCGCUCGGGCCCCCCUUCCUCCCCAGAGCCGGGGCUGGCACCCCGAGCUCCCCAGCCCCCGGCUGCUCCGCGGAGUGGAGGGAAGCAGGGGAUCGGUGGGACCCCCCUGCGCCCCUCCAUCGCCAGGGUCCCGCUUGCGGGGAGCGAAACCCUUCGGUCUCUCCCCCUCCUUCCCUCCCCUCCCUCCUCCCUCCCUCCUUCCUUCCUUCCUUCUCCAGGCUUGGCCCGGGGAGGGAGGGGGGCUCUGCCUGCAGUCUGCCUUCACGCCUGCCCGCCCGGGCGACGCCGGGCUCCCGCCUGUUCCCCCACCCCCCCCACCCCCGGCUACUCCGGCCGCCCCCGGCCGCCCCGCGCGCCCCCCGGGCCAGGUGAGGCUGCGCUGCCGUCCCUUUCGGAUGUAGGCAGGCGAGAUCCCGGAUGGAUUUCGGUAGCGUCAUGAACCAGGCUGUGACCCCCUGCUCCCCUGCUGCCAACUAUGAGCUGGAUGCCACAAAAUCCCCCAGGAGUGUGCAGUCACGCCGCAAAAUGUCCAGGAGCAUGAGCCUGACAGCAGCCAUGGAGAACAGCUGUGAGCUGGACCUGGUGUACAUCACGGAGCGGAUCAUUGCCGUCUCCUACCCCAGCACGGCUGAGGAGCAGAGCUUCUGCAGCAACCUCCGCGAGGUGGCCCACAUGCUGAAGUCCAAGCAUGGGGACAACUAUGUGCUUUUCAACCUCUCUGAGCGGAGACACGAUGUCAGCAAACUUCACCCCAAGGUGUUGGAUUUUGGGUGGCCUGAUCUGCAUACCCCAGCGCUGGAGAAAAUCUGCAGCAUUUGCAAAGCCAUGGACACGUGGUUGAAUGCGGCAGCACACAAUGUGGUGGUGUUGCACAACAAGGGGAACCGCGGCCGGCUGGGGGUGGUGGUGGCUGCCUACAUGCACUACAGCAACAUCUCGGCCAGCGCUGACCAGGCACUGGACAGGUUUGCUAUGAAACGUUUCUAUGAGGACAAGGUGGUGCCAGUGGGUCAGCCAUCCCAGAAGAGGUACAUUCAUUACUUCAGUGGGCUCCUCUCUGGCAGCAUUAAGAUGAACAACAAGCCCCUCUUCCUCCACCACGUCAUCAUGCACGGCAUCCCCAACUUUGAGUCGAAAGGUGGUUGUCGGCCCUUCCUGAAAAUCUACCAGGCCAUGCAGCCCGUCUACACCUCGGGGAUCUACAACGUGCAAGGAGACAGCCAGACAGGCAUCUGCAUCACCAUUGAGCCUGGCUUGCUCCUCAAGGGUGAUAUUUUGCUGAAAUGUUACCACAAGAAGUUUCGCAGCCCGACCCGUGAUGUGAUUUUCCGUGUGCAGUUCCACACGUGCGCUGUGCAUGACCUUGACGUUGUCUUUGGCAAGGAGGACCUUGAUGAGGCCUUCAGAGAUGACCGCUUCCCUGAGUAUGGAAAGGUGGAGUUUGUGUUCUCCUACGGCCCUGAGAAGAUCCAAGGUAUGGAGCACCUGGAGAAUGGGCCCAGCGUCUCCGUGGACUACAACACAUCUGACCCUCUCAUCCGGUGGGAUUCCUAUGAGAACUUCAACAUCCAGCGUGAGGAGAGCGUGGAAGGCACCUGGACUGAGCCUCCCCUGCCCAGCAAGCAUUUGGAGAAAGAGGUUGGGCAUACGCAAGGGCCCCUGGACGGGAGCCUCUACGCUAAAGUGAAGAAGAAAGACUCCCUCCACGGCAGCACUGGUGCUGUCAACGCUGCCCGCCUCCCGCUCUCAGCAGCGCCCAACCACGUCGAGCACACGCUCUCGGUGAGCAGCGACUCAGGCAACUCUACUGCCUCCACCAAGACUGACCGGACUGAUGAGCCGGGGGUGCCCGGGGCACCCAGUGGCCAGGCGGUGCUGAGCCCUGAGGAGAAGCGGGAGCUGGAUCGUCUCCUUGUCGGCUUUGGCUUGGAGAGUGUGCCCCCCAUGCACAACCACGUGCCUGGCCCUGUGCCGGUGCGCCUGCCUGCCAUGCCGGGCCGCCAUGUGGUGCCAGCUCAGGUGCAUGUCAAUGGGAACGCUGCUGCGUUGGUGGCUGAGCGGGAGACGGAUAUCUUGGAUGAUGAGCUGCCCAACCAGGAUGGGCACAGUGUGGGCAGCCUAGGCACGCUCUCCUCCUUGGAUGGCACCACCACUGCCAGCGAGGCUGGCUACCAGGAGGCCCCUCAGGUGGGCAGCCUCUCCUCCCUGCCCAAUGGCCCCUCGAGCUGCAAUGGGGCUGAGAAGCUGCUGAAGGAUAGGCUGUAUGAUGGCGAGUUGCUCUCCAAUGGCAGCUACCCCUACAACAACCAGAAUGCCCUGAUGGGCCACCAUCUCCGUGACCCAAUGCCUGCCUUGCGGCCUUCAGCAUCUGCUCAGGACCAGCUGGCUGGCUACCCACAGCGCCCACCAGGAUCCCACGCCCCGGGCUGGCUCCAGCCUCAGCCACUGCCUGGCUCCCAGCCCUACCUGUAUGGCUAUGAUCCCCCUGGUGCCUACCGCUCCCGGUCCUUCCCAGCGGUGGACACAGCCAAGUAUGACCCGACUGCAGCACUGCCCCAGGCUCCAGCUCGCAGCACCAGCAGCCGGGAGGCUGUGCAGAGGGGCUUGAAUUCCUGGCAGCAGCAAGGAGGCAGCCGGCCACCUUCCCGGCUUCAGGAGGGUGGCAUGGAGAGCCAGAGCCCCAGUGUCUCCAGCUGCAGCCCGCAGCCCAGCCCACUGCAGACGGUGCCCCCGCACAGCCACAGCAUGCCCGAAUUUCCCCGGGCACCCUCCCGACGUGAGAUUGAGCAGUCCAUCGAAGCGCUCGAUGUCCUCAUGCUGGAUCUCGCACCUGCUGUCCACAAAUCUCAGAGUGUGCCUGCCACCUCUUGCCAGGACAAGCCAGCGGGACCCGUGCUCUCCUCCAUCUCGGCCCAGCCCAUCGCUGGUCUCUAUGCCCGGCCAGCUCCACAAGUGGUCCAGCCAAGGUCCUUUGGCACUUCCAUAAGCCCCGUGGUCUCCGAGCCCCGGGGCAAAGGCUAUUCUCCUGGGGAGUUGAACUAUGGGGUGCAUGAGUACCGGGAAACCUAUUCGCCUUACAGCUACCAGCCAGCACCAGUGCCAGAGCCGAGGAGCUGCAGCCAUGCCCCAGCUGGAGCGCCAAUGGGCAGCCUCCCACUCAGCACCUCCUACAGCCCAGUGGGGUCUCAGCAGCUCCUCACGUCUUCCCCGCCUUCCCCCACCAUCCCGCCACAAACUCAGAUGCCCCCCAAGGGACCGGACAGCUAUGAAGACCUAUCGAGGUCCACAGAAGAGCCCUUGAAUCUGGAGGGCCUGGUGGCCCAGAGGGUGGCAGAGUACAACGCCAAGCUCAGGGAACUCAACAAGAGCAUCAAAGUCCCCCGUCCUCCUCUGAACCAGCAACGGUCCUUCUCCGGAGUACAGUCCCGGGAGAAGCCCCUGGAGGAGAGUGCUGUCCCUGCCCACAAGCAGACCCCCAGUGACAGCCAUUAUGAGAAGAGCUCACCAGAGCCCAGCUCGCCCCGGAGCCCCACUGUCCUCUCACCUGAGGUUGUCAGCACCAUCGCAGCCAACCCUGGAGGAAGGCCCAAAGAGCCUCACCUCCACAGCUACAAGGAAGCCUUUGAAGAGAUGGAGGGUGCCUCCCCCACUAGCCCACCCUCCAGCGGCGGUGAGAUUUCUCCCCCCACCCCAGCUUUCCCUGUCUCGCCACAAACCCCUUACUCCAACUCCUUGCGUUCUCCCCCUGGCCUGGCCAAGACUCCACUCUCAGCACUGGGGCUGAAACCCCACAAUCCGGCUGAGAUCCUGCUGCAUCCAGUGGGAGAGCUAGAAGGGGAGGCAGGUGGUGCCUCUGAAGAAGAGCCCAGGAGCUAUGUCGAGUCAGUGGCUCGCACGGCCACAACAGGCAGGGGAGGGACCCUGCCUGCCACCCAGCCUGAGGGACGAGAGGUGCCUGCCAGGAAUGGCACCUUUGCCAACUCCUUCACUGCUCCCAGCCCCAUCUCCACCAGCAGUCCCAUUCACAGUGUUGACGGGGCCUCUCUCCACAGCUACCCAUCAGAGGGCAGCUCCCACAGCACGGUUACACCUCCCCACAACGCGUCAGAGCCUGUCUACCAGUCACCUGUUGGCUCACAGAUGCCCUCUGCUCACAGCAGCUACCAAAACUCAUCUCCAUCGUCCUUUGCAAUGGUCCAGGGUGGGGUCCCGAGCUCAAUAUACACCAGCCCCGACUAUCCUGAUGGCCGAGCCUGCCUCCAGCCAGAUCCCCAAGCUCGGCCACAGCCACAGGUCAAUAUGGUGGGAGUCCAAGUCCUGCCAGGUAGCCCUCGCACCCUGCACCGGACAGUGGCUACCAACACGCCCCCCAGCCCCGGCUUUGGGCGCAGAGCUGUCAACGCCAGCAUGAGCGGUGCUCCUGGCAGCCCUGGGCUGGCCCGGCAUGCUGUGGUGACCCAUGGCAACCUGGUGGUCCCACCAGGGAGUCCCAGCCUGGCCAGACAUCAAGCCAUGGUGGCUGUCCCCCCAGGAAGCCCCCUGUACGGCUACCCCAGCCCGGAGGAGAGACACCAGACGCUGUCUCGUCAGAGCAGCUCCUCUGGCUACCAACCUCCCUCCACACCGUCCUUCCCUGUCUCUCCGGCAUACUACCCCGGCACCAGCACGCCGCACUCCUCCUCUCCGGACUCAGCUGCCUACCAGCAGGGCAGCCCCACGCCGCAGCCCGCGCUGCCUGAGAAGCGGCGGAUAUCGGCCGGGGAUCGCUCCAACAGCCUGCCCAACUAUGCCACCAUCAACGGCAAGGCGUCCUCGCCCCUCUCCAGUGGCAUGUCCAGCCCUAGUGGUGGGAGCACCGUCACCUUCUCCCACACUCUGCCGGACUUCUCCAAGUUCUCCAUGCCAGACAUCAGCCCUGAGACUCGUGCCAAUGUCAAGUUUGUUCAGGACACUUCCAAAUACUGGUACAAACCAGACAUCUCCAGGGAGCAGGCCAUUGCACUGCUGAAGGACAGGGAGCCAGGAGCUUUCAUCAUCCGAGACAGCCACUCCUUCCGGGGAGCCUACGGCCUCGCCAUGAAAGUCGCUUCUCCGCCUCCCACGGUCAUGCAGCAGAACAAGAAAGGAGACAUCACCAAUGAGCUGGUGAGGCACUUCCUUAUCGAGACCAGCCCACGGGGUGUGAAACUAAAAGGAUGUCCCAACGAGCCCAAUUUUGGCUGCCUCUCCGCUCUGGUGUACCAGCACUCCAUCAUGCCUUUGGCCCUGCCGUGCAAACUGGUCAUUCCUGACCGAGAUCCCAUGGAGGAAAAGAAAGAUACUGUGUCAUCCACCAACUCAGCCACAGACCUCCUUAAACAGGGUGCAGCCUGCAAUGUCCUUUUCAUCAAUUCGGUGGAGAUGGAGUCGCUGACGGGCCCCCAGGCCAUUGCAAAAGCUGUUGGUGAGACGCUGGUGGCUGACCCCACACCAACUGCUACCAUUGUCCACUUCAAAGUCUCUGCACAAGGCAUCACCUUAACGGACAACCAGAGGAAAUUGUUCUUCCGACGCCACUACCCCCUCAACACUGUCACCUUCUGUGACCUGGACCCACAGGAACGAAAGUGGACUAAAACUGAUGGCAGUGGCCCAGCCAAACUCUUCGGCUUCGUGGCCAGGAAGCAAGGGAGCACCACAGACAACAUCUGCCACCUCUUUGCCGAGCUGGACCCAGACCAGCCAGCUGCAGCCAUUGUCAACUUUGUCUCCAAGGUCAUGCUUGGCUCAGGCCAGAAAAGAUGAGCCAGCACUUGCGGGUGAUCCUUGAAUUUUGGAGAAGGACUUGGAGCUGAUCCGAGAAGGAGUGUGAGGAAGUGCAUUGUGGGAGAGGGAAGUGAAUCGGGGGGGAAAGGGUUGGAAUUUUGGAGGAAAACAGCAAACAACAAAAAAACCCCAACCAAGCACCUAAAAACUGAACACAAGCCAAACACACACAUAGAGAGGAACCAAAACCACGCACCUACAUAUGAAAGCCCCAAACUUACGCCAGACAGGAUGCAUUCCCAGUGAAGGGAAGGUGACCAAAAUGAAGGCAGCAGCAUGAAGUGUGUUCCCAGCUUUUGGUAUGAUGGUCCUGAGUGGUGACAUCCGCUCGGGAUGGCAUGUGGGACCAUGACUGGUGUUUCCCAUCUGGAAAAAAAGUGAGAACUGGCAAAACUCAUGGAAGAAGCUCCAUCCCAGCAGCUCCUUCAGUGAACUUCUACUACAUGUUUGAUACAGCCUGAAGAAGAUAAUGUGGGCUGAGUCUGCAGGACACCUGAGGAGAUGCCCUCGGAAACCUUCCCUUGCCUGGCUGUAGCAGACAGUCCUCACUGGCCCCCAUGCUUCUAAAACCUGCCGGCUGUCUGGUGACCUGGGGGUGUUGGUCGUGAGCCCUCCCCAGGAAGUUCAGCCAUGGGCUGAUCUCUGUUGCUGACCCUUGGUUCAUCGGUUGUUUCGGGUGAGCUGCUGUGAGUCCACCUGGAGAGGGUGUCAUGGCAUUUUCUCACCUCCCCAGGGGUGCUUCUGCCCUCCAGCCCAUGGGGAAGUGUGGGGGGCUCCUGCUGCCCUGUGCUUGGGAAGGCAGACACUCCCUGGGAGUUUCCUGGGAGAAUGCAGAAAGUUGCAUCUUCUCUUGUCUUCCCCUUUUCCCUCCCAUCACUAGUCCUCUUUGACAAUUUUAUCCUACAGCCUGUUACAUGUUCUCUUAACACACACACAAAAACCAAAACAGACAAGAUAGAAAAACAUUGUAAUAAUAAUAAUAAUAAUUAUAAUAAUAGCGGAUGCUGGCACAGGUGGGUUCCCUGUGCAAAGCAGCAGACCCGUGGCUACCCCUGUCUCGCUCUCUGGAGACACGCAAGCGGUUUUUGAAUUGCAUGGACGUUCAAGUUGCACGAAAGGCAAAUGACUACAAGUAACUCAGGCGCUUUUUUCUCCAUUUAGUUUGGAGGCCACGUUAAAGAAAAAGAGGGGAAAAAAAACCACCAAGAAACCAAAAAAAUCCCAAUGAGACUAGAAAAGGACCUGCAAUCGCUGGGCAACCUUGGUUUGGUGGGGAGGUGGUCCUCUGAGAGCCACUCUGCUCGGCAUGCACGUACCCCCCAAACUAGCUAGCUGGAGGCUCACAUCUCCCCAAAUGCACCAUAGUUUUGCAGUGGCUUUGGUGCUAUUUUUUCUCUUUGCUUCAGGGGGUAAGGAGGGCCAGCUCUGGGGCCAGAGGGGCAAAGGGUCCCCGUGCCACAAAGGCAAGGGGAGAUGGUAGCUGUGGGGGCAGCAUACAGAGGUCCCAGCCCUCCAGUACCAGGGGAGGCAGAGGAAGCUUUGGUCACAUAUGCAGGUUUGUGGGGGUAAAAUGGUCAUUGCUGAGCCCUCUGCUGCAAAUAUCUUUCUGAGAGCCUUCUGGGAGAAGUUUUCAGUGUAAAGUGGCCCAGAUAGUUUAUUUGGGGCAAAAUUUAGAAACAAUGCUGCAGCUGCCCCUGCCCCCUCCUUGAACAGCUCACCUCCCUUGGACCGCCUUUGCCUUGAUAACUAUAAUAUAUAUAUAUAUAUAUAUACGAGCUAUACUGAUGAAAUACUGUAAGCUAACAAAAUUUUCAGGAGGAAAAAAAGGUUGAAUUUACACUCUGAAAAUAUUUAUUUUUUGCCAUAGUGCUUUCUGCGCAUCGUAUCUCCCUCAUUAUAUCAGCCCUGCCCACCUCCCCUCUUCCCGUGCCCCAGGGAAACACCUGCACGUUAAAAGAAAAUCCAGAGCAACGAAAAAUAUGGAUGGGGAAGAGGCGCGGGGGUCCCCCUGUGUUGGGGUGGCGUGCAUGUGACCAGUGUGUGUGUGUGUGUGGGGGGGGGGGGGGGUGGGGGAGAGAGCGAGCGAGUGGUGUGGGUGCCUGGAGGCUGAACUCAUGUACUGAAGUGAGCAAGAAAGGAUUCAGAGCGAGGAGCUGGUUGUGAGAUGGCGGUGGGAUGGAGAGUUCUGGGGAGGGGUGUGGGGGGCUUUCCUGCCCCCCCAGUCCCCAGCUCCCCAGCUGCAGAGACCUUUUCAUUUUUUAUUUUUCCAAAAAAUGAUUCCCUCCUUCUGCGAAAUUCAAGCGAGAUGAGAGAUGAUCUCACCCGUAAUCUUCUCUAUCGUUCAACGAUUAGAGAAGACACCGUGUUUAUAGAUAUAUAAAGAUAUAUUUUUGAAAGUCUCUAUUUUUCAGACUUGGUUUUCUCACUGCUAAGAAAAGAGAUGAUAAUAAUGUAAUUUUAUUUUAAUCUGCUGCCUUGGAAACUGGUGCUUGAAACUCCCAUUCCUCUUUUUCUCCCCAUACAAACCAAGCAGAUGUAAGCACCCCAGAGAUGUCGCGCAGAAGCUGACCCCAGCAGAUACCUGCCAAUAGCAUCACAGCUGCUUUGGGCCCUGGGCCGCUCACGGCUUACCCACUAACCCACUAGCUGAAGGUUUAGACCAUAUCCAAAUCUUGAACACUAACAAAGUUGUCCAAUUAUUAUAUUAUUGUUUUUAACACAAAGCUUAAUCACUUUCCAAUGAUGUAGCUGGGUGUUUGUCAGCUCUCUUUAAAGGCACUUUUUUUCCCCUUUUAUCUUCUAAGUUACAUUUUUAGGUGUGACCCUUUCUGUCCCCAGUAGACUGUCAGCUGAUGUUGAGGAUCACCCAGCUCCUGGGGCUGGCAGGGACCCAGUGUUGAUAUUUUUUUUCCUUACAAAGGGACAGAAAAGACUCUUUGUUUUUUUUCCUUUGGUUUUUAAAUGCAGUCAUGGUAUUUGAGAUUCAAGCUUGCGCGAGUUAAGCCCAGCAUAUGUUUUGUUGUAAUCACACUGCCAUUGUCAGCAGCUGGAUGAUAUCUCUCUCUCUCUCUCACACGAACACACACACACAUCCCUCCUUCCUGCACAAAGAACUGCAUAUAUUCUUGCCAAAGAUACCCUUAAAAACGCACUUUUCCCCUCGUAUAUGUUUUGUUUUUCUUUUUUUUUUUUUGCGUGUGUAAAUUUAUUGUACGUGCCUUUUUGGUGUCAGUUUAUUCUUUGGAGAAGCCCCUUCCCACCCGUCCUCCCUUUGCUGUCCAUGCUGCUGUCUAUUGGGAAAUGCUCCCUGGGGAGGUUGUUUGCUGCCUGUUCCAAAUGGUAGCACCUGCAACAUACAAUUUAUGGGAUUUCUGUUCAAUGAGGCUGCCUUUGGCUCUGCUCCCCCAGGAGGUUUUCUGGGGAUGAUUUGUGUCAUAAUCUGCUGAUGGGAUGCACUCAUCAUCUUUGCCAGCCCCCUGUUGUCAGUGGAGAUGGGGGCUUGUGGAUUUAAUCAGAUAAAUUAAAUAAAAUUUGGGGUUGUUCUGGAUGCAAAAUUUGCUGUCUGCCUCCUGGACAAACCACACGUGGAAAACAAACUAGGUAGGGAUAAAAACCCAACCCAGCCUCCGGGCAUCAGUUUCCUAGCGAGUUCAACCGCCUGAACCGAAUAGCAAAGUAAAUCCCCACCCAGCAGGUUGGGUGGGUAAAGAAACCAGUUGCCCCAAAAACCCCAGACAGCAGCGUCAACAAAAGGCAACCUUUCCCGUUGGAGCAGGCAGGAGGAUCAGACAGCAAAGGAGCCCGCAGGGGCUUGUUUCACUUCGUUCGUUUGUUUUGCAAAUUGUGAGGUUGGUUUGGGGUUGCUCAUUUUUUUUUUCUUUUCCUUAAAAAGAGGGGGGAAAAAAAAAAGGAAGCAACCCAACAUUUCUGUUGGCGGAUUCUGUGCCGCCGUGUUAUGCGUGGGGGUUUUUUUUGGUUGUUGUCUCUGUUACUUUGGAAGCGUUACAGAUUUAUUUGCUAAUCAGUGUUAAUGAACAGUUUCAAACUUUUAGACUUGCCCAUUUCUGUGUAUUUAUAUAGAUGGAAAAAAAAACGUUAUAUUUUGUAUCUUUGUGCCCAUAAUGUUGUUGCGCGUGUAAGGAUGACUUCGGUCACACCAUGUCUCUGUGUGAAUGUGACUCCGCUGUUGUCUUCCCGUUGUACAGAUGUUGGAUUCUAUGCAGUUCAUUGUAUGGCUUUAUAAAGUGGUAAAAACAAAAAAAUCAGUUAUAUAAAAUAUACUGUUGCUUGGAAUGCCAGCUUGGUGUCUGGAUUGCUGGAAAUGUAUCUUGAAAUUUAAGGGAGCGCAGGAAUAAAUGCUCUGUUCUUUUUGCACAGGAGAAAAAAAACCAACCCUAAA